AAAGACAAAUCUGCGGUCACGCUGAGCUCUAGUCCGCUGCUUAACAAACAAUUGUCAAAUAAAAGAAAAACAGAUAAAUAAAAUCAAAAUAAGUAUAAAUAUAAUAUAUGAAUUACAAAAUUGGUAACUGCACGAAUUGAAAACGGAAAAAGCGACCAAAAAAGACCAGAAAACUAGCCAAAUCGGAAAACAGUAUGAAAAUGGUGUUGUCGCAGCGGCAGCGCGAGGAGCUUAACCAAGCGAUUGCCGAUUAUCUAGGCUCAAAUGGCUACGGCGACUCACUUGAGACCUUUCGCAAGGAGGCCGAUGUCAGCACAGAGGCAGAGAAGAAGUUUGGCGGUCUACUGGAGAAGAAGUGGACAUCGGUCAUACGGUUACAGAAGAAAGUAAUGGAACUAGAGGCUAAGCUUACCGAAGCUGAGAAGGAGGUUAUCGAGGGGGCGCCCACAAAGAACAAACGCACUCCCGGCGAAUGGAUACCUCGCCCACCAGAAAAGUACUCUCUGACUGGUCAUCGAGCCAGCAUAACGAGGGUUAUAUUUCACCCAAUUUUUGGCCUCAUGGUUUCAGCAUCGGAAGAUGCCACCAUUAAGAUUUGGGAUUUUGAAACUGGCGAGUAUGAGCGUAGUCUAAAAGGACAUACCGACUCUGUGCAGGACGUGGCAUUCGAUUCUCAGGGCAAGCUCUUGGCUUCCUGCAGCGCUGACUUGUCCAUUAAGUUGUGGGAUUUCCAGCAGAGCUACGAAUGUGUUAAAACAAUGCAUGGUCACGAUCACAAUGUAUCAUCGGUGGCCUUUGUGCCCGCUGGCGACUAUGUUCUGUCUGCUUCACGUGAUCGAACCAUCAAAAUGUGGGAGGUGGCCACCGGAUACUGCGUGAAGACAUAUACAGGCCAUAGGGAGUGGGUACGAAUGGUGCGAGUGCACAUUGAGGGCAGCAUCUUUGCCACAUGCUCAAAUGAUCACACAAUACGUGUUUGGCUGACGAAUUCAAAAGACUGCAAGGUUGAAUUACGCGAUCAUGAGCACACCGUGGAGUGCAUUGCCUGGGCUCCGGAAGCCGCCGCAUCAGCAAUAAACGAAGCAGCCGGAGCGGACAACAAGAAAGGUCACCACCAGGGCCCAUUCCUUGCAUCCGGUUCUCGAGAUAAAACUAUACGCAUUUGGGAUGUGAGCGUCGGACUGUGCCUGCUCACGCUGAAUGGCCAUGACAAUUGGGUGCGUGGCUUGGCAUUCCAUCCGGGUGGCAAGUAUUUGGUGUCGGCCAGUGAUGACAAGACCAUCAGGGUCUGGGACUUGCGGAACAAGCGAUGCAUGAAGACGCUCUACGCACAUCAGCAUUUCUGCACCUCCAUAGAUUUUCACAAGGCGCAUCCGUACGUCAUCAGCGGCAGUGUGGAUCAAACAGUUAAGGUCUGGGAGUGUCGUUAAAGCAAAGUUAACUCAGCAAAACUUUUGCUUACUUCUCAAUUUAAACAUAAAGCUAUUAUAAUAAAUCACACACCACACACACAUACAAAAACAACAACAAAAACAGUCUCGGCCACCUCCAGCAAGUUUAUUUUCUAGACGCUUUCAGUGUCAGCGUCCGUGAGCAAAAUGAACAUAGUGUAUUUUAAACCCGAAUGCAAAAUCGCGAAAAGAAUUAUUUAUUUAAUUGUACGCCCUUCUAACUAACUAUGUAACUACCUACCUACUAUAUAAAAAGUACAUAUACGUUAAUGCCUAUGCAUAUACACCUACGAUUAGGUUCCCAAGCAGCGGCUCGCUAAGCAAAACAGGCACAAGCUGAAAUUUACGUCUAUACUUGAAUGAUGAAUGGAAACGGAGUAUUGGCAAUUGUACAACCAAAUAUAUUCAUCUGAAAAAUGUUCCAGUAGAUAAAUAUUGAUUUUCCACCCACACACACAAUCGGAAAGAUUAUAUUGAUGUUGUUGAAAGUGUUUAAAGGUUUGCUAAUGAAGCAUAGUAAUGUUAUGCGAAGAGAAGGAAAGUAUUUCAACGAUUUACGAAAACUUGGAAUUUGAAAUUGGAAUUACUUGAUUUAUAUACAAUUUUUACCAUAAAUGAGGUAAUUUUUACGAUAAAACUGAUUGCUUUUUUUCACCGUAUUCACUCUGCUCUGUUUUGAGUUCUUUUUUGCGAGAGAAGGAUCUAACCAAAACAAAAUUUAUCAAAAUGCUUACAUGUUUAAGUUGGCUUUAAGUUCAAAAUAUGAUUUACGUUUACGGUUUACAUAGUAGAAAAAUGCUGCAAAUUUAUUUUAAUAGUUUUUAUAAGUGCAAAAGCAAAUAUAUAUAUAUAUUAAUAUUA